AUGGGGGAAAAAGCGGGAAGAAGUCGUCCAACGACGGUGGCGGUGGCCACAAGUCUUCUUCCAAGGGCUCGUCGUCGCCAGCCAAAGGCAAGUCCAGCGGCGGGUCGGACUCGGACUCGGAAUCAGAAUCGGAAUCAGGACUCGAAGACGGAUCUGAAGGCCGUGUCCAAUAGCAUCAAGGCGAUGUGUUCGCAGACAGACUACACGGACGCGUGCGAGAAGAGCCUUGGCAAGGUCGCGAACGCCAGCUCGUCGUCGCCCAAGGACAUCGUCCGCAGUGCCGUGGAGGUGAUCGGCGACGCGAUCAGCCAGGCGUUCGACCGCGCGGACCUGAUCCUGAGCAACGACCCGCGUGUGAAGGCCGCCGUCGCCGACUGCAGGGAGGUGUUCGCGGACGCCAAGGACGACCUCAACAGCACGCUCAAGGGCGUCGACGACAAGGACGGCAUCGCCAAGCAGAGCUACCAGCUGCGCAUCUGGCUUAGCGCAGUGAUCGCGAACAUGGAGACGUGCGUUGAAGGGUUCCCCGACGAUGAGUUCAAGGCCAAGGUGAAGGAGUCGUUCACUGACGGGAGUUCAAGGCCCAGGCGGUGGCACCCAGCAUGCCUGCCUGCUUGCCCGGUACAGCCACGUUACAUGUCCAGCAUCAGUACAUAA